GUUUUUAGGGUUUUGGUUUUGUAGAUACUUAUCAUGAUCACGUUCAUUGUCUAUUCGUUUUUCAUUAAUUUGAUGAAAAUUCGAAUUUAUUUGCUUUGAUGAUCAUCGUUAUUUCCACAAUUCAUCCGCUUCUAUCGCCUAAGCCAUCAAAAGGGGGAAUUCCAUUAUUUAUCGUUGUUUCGGUGAUUAACUCGAAACGAACAAUAGGAAAGAUACCUGAUUCUUACUUGUUACUGAUUGCAGGAAUUUGUUGCUUGUAGGGAAUGUUAUUUGCUUUCUUUGAUUACAAUCUCAGUUUAAGCAAAAUUUUUAAAUUUGAGAUAAACCAUCUACAAAGAAAUUGAAUAAUUUUACAGAGAAUUUUGUUUUCCAAUGCUAUUUUGUGUUUUUUCAACAGAUAUCAGGAUCAUAAUCUCAUGGCGACAGCAACAAUGGCGACUGCAGCUGGUGCUGCUGCUCUGUUAUAUUAUACAUUAAAUAAGAAACUACAAUCAUCAUCUACGACAGCUGAAGAUGAUGAAGAAAGUGAAAGCCUUGUGCAAAACCAUGGUCCGACAGGAGUUGGUCGAGUUUCGCAUAGACUAAUCCAGGCUCCAGCCACAUGGUUAGAAACUAUUUCAACAUUAUCAGAGACCCUUCGGUUUACGUAUUCAGAGACUUUGGGGAAGUGGCCUAUUGGAGAUUUGGCUUUUGGCAUCACCUAUUUGUUAAAAAGACAGGGGAAUUUGCAUGUUAGUAGCGUAUUUGGAGGUGAAGAGAGCGUGCAGCUUACAGGACCCGAAAUAGUUUCCGAGCUCAGAUAUCUCCUUGACUUGUUGACCCUUUGUUGGCAUUUCUCAAAAAAAUCAUUUCCCGCAUUUUUAAAGGAGACUGGCUAUCCACCAGAAGACGUUCUUAUUCAGGAACCUAAAGCUGGAAUUUUGAAGCCAGCUUUUACGAUAUUAGUGAACCACAAGACAAAGACGUUCCUUUUACUGAUUCGUGGUACUCACAGCAUCAAGGACACUCUAACGGCUGCAACCGGAGCUGUGGUACCGUUCCAUCAUACGGUUGUGCACGAGGGAGGAGUUAGUGAUUUGGUAUUAGGUUAUGCUCAUUGUGGGAUGGUUGCAGCUGCCCGAUGGAUUGCAAAACUUGCAACUCCUUGUCUUCUUAAAGCGUUUCAAACUUAUCCUGAUUAUAAGCUUCAGAUUGUUGGACACUCUUUGGGUGGUGGAACGGCUGCACUUCUAACUUAUGUCCUGCGGGAGCAAAAAGAACUAUCUACAACUACUUGUGUUACAUUUGCUCCAGGUGCUUGUAUGACAUGGGAGUUGGCUGAUUCGGGAAAUGAAUUCAUUACGUCUGUUAUAAACGGAGCUGAUCUGGUCCCUACAUUCUCGGCUGCUUCAGUGGAUGAUUUACGUGCGGAGGUAACGGCAUCAGCUUGGCUGAACGAUCUCCGGACUCAGAUUGAGCACACGAGGAUUCUUAGAACCUUCUAUCGUUCUGCAACAGCCUUGGGUUCUCGACUUCCAUCAAUUGCAAGUGCCAGAGCAACAGUUGCCGGAGCCGGUGAAAUUCUCCGGCCUGUUUCUAGCGGUACACAGGUUGUGAUGAGGAGAGCCCAAAGCAUGGCUGCGGCGGCAUGGUCCCGCCCUUCCCUUGAUAUAUCAUCAUGGACGUGCAUGGGUCCUCGCCGACGUCCCACCGCCACAUCUCCGGAGCCUUCUCCUUCUAACACCGAACCCGAAAGUAUAUCAACGACACUCGAACUCCCGGUAUCUGCAUCAGAUGGGGAACACGUAUGGCAAUCGGAAGGCGCCGAUGAAGGUGUCGAUAAUCUUACGGGGCCAAGUAGUCACGAAGAUCGAAUGACUGAAUUCGAAUUAUGGGAACAACUCGAACACGAACUAUACGACCAAAGUGAAGGCGAGGAGGCUGACGUCGCAAAGGAAAUGAGGGAAGAAGAAGAAGCGGCUAUUGCGGAGGGUCGUAAAGGCCCGUCCGAGACCAAUACUCCCGAGACAAAAGAGGCGCAUAGAUUUUUUCCGGCAGGAAAGAUUAUGCAUAUAGUGACGAUCCCGAAAGUUAAGACGGAGGACGAAAACGAUGAGACGUCCUCGAGUGACGACGAAAACGACCACGAUCAUGAUCACGAUCGGGUGGUGGAUGAGAAAGUCGCGAUUUUCCUGACCCAGCGAUCGUUGUAUAGUAAGAUUAGAUUGUCGCGCAGUAUGAUAACUGAUCAUUUUAUGCCGAUUUAUAGAAGAGAAAUCGAGAAACUAAUACGAGAACUUGAGAAAGAAGAGACAUCAUCGUCAAGCAGUAGUAGCUCGGAAGAAAUCAAGGUGGUGUUAUAGCUAAAGGUAAGCGGUUCAACAAACCCAUGGUCGAACCAUGGGUAUUAUGGCUAACCAUGUUGGGUGCGGAUGAUGGUGGUGGUGGUUCGACUGAGUCUUGUAUAUAGAGGUUAAGCCACCAACUCAUUAGUUGAUAUAGGCGCACGCUUGUUCUGUUUAUUGUGGUUAUAAAUGAGCCAAAAGUUUUGUU